AUGUCCUCCCUCCACCCCACAUGUCCUCCUAUCCCUCCACCCCAGAGAGCAUGUCCUCCCUCCCAUGCCCCUCCACCCCAGAGAGAGCAUGUCCUCCUAUCCACGCCCCUCCACCCCAGAGAGAGCAUGUCCUCCCUAUCCACGCCCCUCCAGGCCAGAGAGAGCAUGUCCUCCCUCCACGCCCCUCCACCCCAGAGAGAGCAUGUCCUCCCACCCCAGAGAGAGCAUGUCCUCCUCCCUCCACCCCAGAGAGAGCCCUCCACCCCAGAGAGAGCAUGUCCUCCCUCCACGCCCCUCCACCCCAGAGAGAGCCCCUCCACGCCCCUCCACCCCAGAGAGAGCAUGAGCCCCUCCACCCCAGAGAGAGCAUGUCCUCCCUCCACGCCCUCCACCCCCCAUGUCCUCCCCACGCCCCCCACCCCAGAGAGCAUGUCCUCCCUAUCCACGCCCCUCCACCCCAGAGAGCAUGUCCUCCCUCCACCCCACCUCCAGGCCAGAGAGAGCAUGUCCUCCCUGCCCCUCCACCCCAGGCCCCUCCACCCCCAGAGAGCAUGUCCUCCCUCCCCACACCCUCCAGGCCCCCCAGAGAGAGCAUGUCCUCCCUCCACACCCUCCACCCCAGAGAGCAUGUCCUCCCUCCACCCCAGAGAGCAUGUCCUCCCGUCCACGCCCCUCCACCCCAGAGAGCAUGUCCUCCUAUCCACGCCCCUCCAGGCCAGAGAGGGCAUGUCCUCCUAUCCACGCCCCUCCACCCCAGAGAGAGCAUGUCCUCCUAUCCACGCCCCUCCACCCCAGAGAGAGCAUGCCCUCCCUCCCACGCCCCUCCACCUAAGAGAGAGCAUGUCCUCCCGUCCACGCCCCUCCACCCCAGAGAGAGCAUGUCCUCCCUCCCACGCCCCUCCACCCCAGAGAGAGCAUGUCCUCCCUGCCAGGCCCCUCCACCCCAGAGAGAGCAUGUCCUCCCACUCACGCCCCUCCACCCCAGAGAGAGCAUGUCCUCCCUGCCAGGCCCCUCCACCCCAGAGAGAGCAUGUCCUCCCUCCCACGCCCCUCCACCCCAGAGAGAGCAUGUCCUCCCUCUCACUCCCCUCCACCCCAGAGAGAGCAUGUCCUCCCUCCCAUGCCCCUCCACCCCAGAGAGAGCAUGUCCUCCCUCCCACGCCCCUCCUGGCCAGAGAGAGCAUGUCCUCCCAUCCACGCCCCUCCACCCCAGAGAGAGCAUGUCCUCCCUCCCACGCCCCUCCAGGCCAGAGAGAGCAUGUCCUCCCAUCCACGCCCCUCCAGGCCACCAGGUCAGUACCCUAG